AUGUCUCAACAAAAUGUUGAUAAAACAAACAAUCGCUUUGCGACGAGUACUUUUGCUGAAUUUCAAGAAGCGAAUGGCAAUCCAAUAUUUGGGUACGACGAUGUGCCUGUGAAAUCACUAGAAAUUGCAGUAAAAAGUGUCGUCCAUAUCGUGCCUAACGUGGAAGAAUAUGUCAAUAAAGCCAUGAAAAAACGUAAACAAAAUACACAUUUAACAAGAGAUGAAUCAGCAUCAAUCUAUCUUUACACAAUGCCGGUGAACUUCUUCGAGCGUCUUAACGAAGCACUUCGUUUCAAGAAUCCAGAAGCAUUAAAACCAUGGUUCGACUUCUUGAAGUUAUUCACAACUGCUUUAAAAAAAUUACCACCAUGUACAAUAUCGGUGAUAUGGCGAGGCGUUGGAGAUAAUUUUGGAGAAGAGUUUGUUGAAGGUACCGAACACACUUGGUGGAGCAUAAAUUCCUGUUCAUCUAAUCAGAAUGCAGCGAGAUGUUUUGCUGAUUUUAAGGGCACUCUGUUUUCGAUUUACGCAAUCAAUGGUAAAGACAUUAGUAUGUAUUCUGCAAAACCAGAAGAAAAAGAAAUAAUUCUUAUGCCUGGUACUCGCUUGCGUGUCAAAUCUGCAUGGCCUUCUGAUCUCUCCACGAUUGUUUUGGAAGAAUGUACUGUGAUUCCUGCUGGACAACACAUCAUGUUAUCUUACAAUAUCAAUCAUAAAGAAAUCGUAUUUCAAAUUUACGAGUUUUUACGAAAUCAGAAGAUGCCAGUUUGGAUCAACCAAUCAGGAAAUUUCACCACAGAUAGCCUGCACGAUAGUUUGACUAAUGGAGUAGAGAACGCUGCAGCAGUUUUUUGUUUUUUGACACCAGAUUAUGAAAGGUCACCAGUUUGUAAACUUGAACUACAAUAUGCACAUAAGCGGAGAAAACUAAUUAUCCCGUGUUUGUUCGACGACAAGAAAUUCUGGGAAGAUUCUUCUUGGUUAAUGACAGUAGUUGGAUCUCUUCACUGUUAUAAUAUCAAGGAAAUUCAGAAUAAGGACAAAAUGCAUUUAGAGAAUUUGAUCAGUUAUUUGAACAAAAAACAUUCUUCAUCGAAGAACGUCUCAACAGAAUCAAUUGGUCCACCAAAUUAUCUUUUCGAAUUAAUUAAAUACAAAUAUCUAUGUGACAACAAAAUGGAACGCUUCAUGAAUCCAUCGAAAACGUUUCCAAUCGAGCAGAGUUAUAUCAAUUUGGCUAUAGUAGAAACGAAAGAAACUAAAGAAAAAGAAAAAGAAUUCCGUAAUACUCAUAGUAUCGAUGCAAUAUUGGAGACUUAUGAAAAUAUUUAUGGAAGUAAAACUCCUAUCGAUAUCAAAGAUAUUUUCCAAAAAUUCAAAGAUCAGAACAGAAAGAUCUUAGUAUUCGGUCGUGCUGGUAUCGGAAAAUCAACAUUUUGUCGCUAUGCUACUUAUCAAUGGGCAACUGGUGCAAUAUGGUCAGAAUAUGAAUUAGUUGUGCUCGUUCCUCUGCGAUCCUUAGCAUUAGCACCAUAUAAAGAUAAUAAAGAUUAUUCUCUCAUUGACAUUCUGAAAAAUGAAUAUUUUUCUUACCUAUCUUCGUCAGACGAAGUUGAAAAGCUUUUGAAAGAACUAGUUCAGACAAGUCGAAUUCUGUGGCUUCUCGAUGGCUAUGAUGAAAUAGCUUCGGAUGAUUCACGUCAUAUUAAACGCUUACUUGAUCGGCUACAAAACACUCCAAAUCACAUCAUUACAUCUCGUCCAUAUAUGAAUACUUUAUCAUAUUCUGUACAAAUGGAAAUUACAGGUUUUACGGAUGAAAAUAUCCGAAAAUAUGUCGAACAAUUCUUCAAUCAAUUAGGGAAUGAGACACAAAACUCAUCGGAACAAGAUGAGAAGUUGCUGAACUUCUUGAAAGGAAAUCCAAAGAUUUGGGGUAUUGGACAUAUUCCAAUCAAUCUUGAACUUAUUUGUACUAUUUGGGGUGAUACUAACUGGCAAGAAAGUGAGAUAAUAACAAUCACAAGAUUAUACUACAAAAUUACAGUAUGGCUAUGUCGACGAUAUAGGGGAAGAGAAAACAAAGAUAUCCAAAUGAUAGAUGACCUUCUUCUUGGAGUUUGUGAUGAACCACUGAAAUUUUUGGAAAUAUUAGCAUUUAAAGGAAUGGAGAACAACAACAUUAUUCUAAGUUCAAAACUACUGAAAAACGUUUUCAGAACGACAAAGUACUCAAAGCUCUUUGCCAAUAUACUCAAAAUUGGUAUAUUAAAAUCAUGCGAUGGUCACAAGUUAACUGGCACCCAAAUCGAAGUAGAAAAAGAUCAUUACUUUAUUCAUCUCAGUUUUCAAGAAUAUUUUGCAGCACGAUAUUUAUUGAGAACAUUAAAGAAUAAAGAUCAGCAUCAGAAGAAAAAAGCAAUCACACUCAUUCAGUCACUAAAAUAUAAUCAACGCUUUGAGUUAGUUUUCACUUUUCUAUCUGGUCUUCUGUUUCAUGACAAUGAUCAACAAUGGAUGAAUUUAUUCUGGAAAACAUUGAUGGAAGACCCAUUAGAUGUCGUUGGUUUCAGACAUGUUCAGAUUGUUAUUACUUGUUUAGAAGCGACUGGGUGUGACGAAAGCGUUCCAUACUUUGAUGAGUUAAUUCAUUCAAUAAUCCAACGGAUCCAAUAUGAAAUAACUACGCAAUAUUAUGGUUCAAAUCAUUUAUUCUUACCAUUACUCGAAAGAAGUCCGUCAUUAGUAAAUCGGCCAGAAAUAGUUGAUUUCUUUAUACGGCUGUACGAUACUCAAAAUACUGACAAAAGACGCGCAGUAUAUUCAAUUGUUGCGAAUUUACCGACUUCUAAUACAUACUCAAAAUGGAUUGACUUUCAUUCAAAAGUACUUAUCGGUGGAGAACUGGAUUUUAAAGAGCGUGCUUGUCGAGUGUUUGAAACCAUGCACCCAGACGCAUUAUCCGAUCAGAUAAUCGAUACGCUUAUUAAAUUAUCUUGUGGUACAGCCGAUCACAUGCGAUACAAUGCGGACAAUGAGUAUUUUAACAGACAUCGACAUGAUAACGACACCGAAAUGGAUUCCAAACGUGAGCUACAAUAUACCGCACACGAUGUCAUCAUGAAUAUCCUACGAAGCGACGUAGGGAAUAAAACGAUCAAUAGAAUUAUGACACGACUUCAUCAUAUGGACACUCCUCUAAAAAAUGGUAUGAAUGCGCUUCUCCGAGAGCUAGGCAAGAUAGCAGCAACUGAUGAAGUAAUUCAGAAGCUCCUAGUUUUACUCGAUGACAAGGAUUGGAAUGUCAGAGAAUCUGCGUGCUGCACUCUUAAGAAAAUGGGUGAAAAAGCAGCAACUGGCGAAGUAAUUCAGAAGCUCGUACUUUUACUGGGUGAUAACAGUGAGGAUGUCAGACAAUCUGCGUGCCAGACUCUCGAGAAAAUGGGUGAAAAAGCAGCAACUAAUGAAGUAAUUCAGAAGCUCUUAGUUUUACUCGAUGACAAGGAUUGGAAUGUCAGAGAAUCUGCGUGCUCCACUCUUAAGAAAAUGGGUGAAAAAGCAGCAACUGGCGAAGUAAUUCAGAAGCUCGUACUUUUACUGGGUGAUAACAGUGAGGGUGUCAGACGAUCUGCGUGCCAGACUCUCGAGAAAAUGGGUGAAAAAGCAGCAACUAAUGAAGUAAUUCAGAAGCUCUUAGUUUUACUGGGUGACAAGGAUUGGUAUGUCAGAGAAUAUGCGUACGAGGCUCUCGCGAAAAUGGGUGAAAAAGCAGCAACUGGCGAAGUAAUUCAGAAGCUCUUAGUUUUACUGGAUGACAAGGAUUGGAAUGUCAGAGCAUUUGCGUGCCGGACUCUUAAGAAAAUGGGUGAAAAAGCAGCAACUGGCGAAGUAAUUCAGAAGCUCUUAGUUUUACUGGAUGACAAGGAUUGGAAUGUCAGAGCAUUUGCGCGCCGGACUCUUAAGGAAAUGGAUGAAAAAGCAGCAACUAAUGAAGUAAUUCAGAAGUUCUUAGAUUUACUCGGUGACAAGGAAGGGUAUGUCAGACGAUAUGCAUGCCUGACUCUCGAGAAAAUGGGUGAAAAAGCAGCAACUAGUGAAGUAAUUCAGAAGCUCUUACUUUUACUGGGUGACAACAGUGAGGAUGUCAGACGAUCUGCGUGCCAGACUCUUGAGAAAAUGGGUGAAAAAGCAGCAACUAGUGAAGUAAUUCAGAAGCUCUUACUUUUACUGGGUGACAACAGUGCGGAUGUCAGACGAUCUGCGUGCCAGACUCUCGCGAAAAUGGGUGAAAAAGCAGCAACUGGCGAAGUCAUUCAGAAGCUCUUACUUUUACUGGAAGACAAGGAUUGGUAUGUCAGAGGAUAUGCGUGCUGGACUCUUAAGGAAAUGGGUGAAAAAGCAGCAACUAAUGAAGUAAUUCAGAAGCUCUUACUUUUAGUGGGUGACCAGGAAUCGGAUGUCAGAGAAUCUGCGUGUCAGACACUUGAGAAAAUGGGUGAAAAAGCAGCAACUAAUGAAGUAGUUCAGAAGCUCUUAGAUUUACUUUGUGACAACAAUGCGUAUGUCAGACGAUUUGCGUACAAAACUCUCGAGAAAAUGGGUGAAAAAGCAGCAACUAAUGAAGUAAUUCAGAUGCUCUUAAAUUUGCUUGGUGACAGCAGUGAGGAUGUCAGAGGAUUUGCAUGCAGCAGUCUUGCCAAAAUUGGUGAAAAAGCAGAAACCGAUGUAAUAAUUAAGGAACUUUCAAUCCUGGUUUGUGGGAAUGAAGAUGCUACGGUCAGACUUAGCGCAUGUGAGACUCUCGCACAAAUCGAUCAUGAAUAUGGUAUGACUGUUAGGGAUGGUAUUAUUACAGUUUAUGGUAAUAAAGAGCCAAUUGAGUUAGAAGACGAUGAAAGUGAACUCGACAGAAUCUUAUACCUUCCAACACAUCGCGUGCGAACGCAACCAACGCCCCAAACUUUGUAA